AUGUCCCUCCUCAUUGAUUGUAAGGUGCAGUUUGAGACAAGGGCUGUAGAAGUUGGCUUAGGAAGGCCUCUGAUCACUGCCUUAACCGGUCAGGGACCCGACACUCUUUCCAAAUUGGCAUACUGGAUCGGGCAGCCGGGGGUCCCUCUGGACGAUGACAAGUUUGAUCGAGCCGUUCAGGCAUUGACUGGAUCCGCGCCCUCGAUAGGAGAUGCAGCAUCCCUGAAAAGGCUCCUCUUCGAGGCGCAGGCGUUGACAAUUCAGUCUUUGAAGAACACAGUCGAGGCCCCAGGGACUGAGAGCUCAACGCCGAAAAGAAUUCCCAUCGCAGAGGGGGAAUCUAGAUUGGCAGCGCUUCGAACUCGAAUCACUGGCUUGAUUAUUGAAGGAGUGAAUGAACCAGCCGUUAGCCUUUUCGAGCAGACACAGCAUCAGUAUGAGCAGAAGACCAUUAAAUAUUUACCUCCUGAGAAGUGCCCAUCACGAGAAUUCGAGAUAGUCCAGAUGAAGCCAGUGAAGCAGUUGGUCGUGCAUGGGGGAAACGUUGUUGUAGGGGAGACCUUGUCCAUGCCCGACACCACGGUCAAUUCAUCCUUACUUGUCCAGCAAGCAUUCAUUAGGCGUGCCUUGGCAUAUGAUUUUUCGGACCUGAUCAGCUUCAGUGUUUCUCAGCGUUACAUCGACACCCUUUUCAGGCACAUGACCCGUGAGGCCCCACCAGGGUAUCGUCAAGUCACCCUGUGCCAAGUGAUCCAGGCCGACAAGGCCGUCUUCGCAAAGUUGGCCGAAUUGGGGUCGGGGAUAAGGAGAAAUGCUGCUGGGAAUAGGCCCUUGGACGCCAGAAUCAUGGAAGCCUUACAGUCCUACGAGGUUUCAUUCCAUCUAUUUCCACUUGCUAUCCCUGAAAGGCCAUUGAAGCAGGAUUGGAAAGAGUCUCCAUAUUGGCGCAACCAAGCCGAAGGAGACAAAGGAGGCAAAGGAGAUCAUGACAAAGGCAAAGGCAAAGGAAAGCACAAGUCCAAAGGAAAGCGAACGGAGCAUUUUGCCACAUGGAUGCCACCAGGUUUGAAAGGAGGAAAACCCUCCGACAAGGAUGGGAAGCCGAUCUGUUUCAAUUACAAUCUGAACAAUUGCAAUGCAGCAGAGCCAGGUGGUGAGUGUCCCAGGGGCCGUCACAUUUGUUGCAAGUGUUUUGAGGUGCAUCCGUACGCUGACGUGCACAAGCAGGACGCGGGCAGCGCCGUGAAGGCAAACUGA